AAAAGAUGGCAGGCACAGGCGUGCAUGCGCAGGUGCAGCGUCUCUUCCAGUACUGGUAUGCCAAUCAGGUAAACAAUGUGAGAUGGGGAGGCAGUUUUUCUGGUGAUUACGGGUUGGAGUGCGGGGUGAGACAAGGUGGUCUGAGCUCUCCGAAGCUUUUCAACCUUUACAUCAACGACCUGAUCGUGGAGCUCAGCAAUGAGCGUGUUGGCUGCACGGUUGAUAGUGUUUUUAUAAACAAUAUCAGCUACGCAGGCGACAUGGCGCUGCUGUGCCCUUCGGUGGGGGCUCUCAGGAGACUGCUGGGCAUCUGUGAGAGGUAUGCUGGCAAAUAUGGGUUGGUGUAUAAUUGUAGAAAAAGUGUGUACAUGGUCUUUAAGGCCGCCGGUAAAGGUCCUGAAUCAGUACCAUUAAUUAAACUUAAUGAUGUGAAUCUGACACGUGUGUAUAGUUUUAAAUAUCUUGGGCAUUAUAUUACCGACGACCUUAAUGACCAUGAGGACAUUGAAAGGGAACGUAGGGCAUUGGCGAUCAGAAGUAAUAUGUUGGCACGUAGGUUUGCUCGUUGCAGUAGGCAAGUAAAAAUUACACUCUUCAAAGCCUACUGCCAAUCUUUUUAUACGAGCAGCCUGUGGUUCAAUUAUACUAAAAGAUCGCUCAGUGCCCUACGGGUCCAGUACAAUAAUGGGUUUAGAGUGUUGAUGGGGCUGCCUCGUUUCUGCAGUGCAUCUACCAUGUUUGCAGAGGCGCGGGUGGAUGAUUUCUACGCCAUCAUCCGUAAAAGAACAGCCUCACUGCUCAGCAGACUACGGGGCAGCGCCAACAGCAUUCUAAAGGUCAUACCUGACCGAUAUGACUUGCCUGUAAUGAAGUCUUUCAUUCGGGUCCUGAUCAAGUAGUCUCAUGUUA